AUGGAAGUCGAUGAAAAGCUUAUGAUUCCUUAUAAAGAAAAAGAUGAAGGGACUCGGCUCUUUAAAGCAGGGGAGUUUGAAAAUUCAAGCAAAGCUUAUUCGAAGGCUUUAUUAGCUAUAAAUUAUCUGUUUAAAGAUGAAUUAAUUCCUGAAGAAGAUGUAAUGCGAUAUGUAAAAGAAAUCCAAAUCCCUUGCUUUUUAAGAGAAAAUAGAGUGGCGACGUCGGCAGAAGAUGGCUAUAAAAAAAAAUACUCCCUAUGGAGUAGCUGAAAAUAGUUUCUAUGUCACUUUUUGAGGCCUUCUAGUUUGGGAAUACCUUCAGAAGAGGAAUGCUUUUUUCGAAGGUUUUCCCUGUCCCUGCCAGAUGGGCUAGACAGGUUUUGCUUAACACUUUAGUCUUUGCUUAUCAGGACUAACAGAGCACCAGCAAUAGAUCGCUCUAUUAUAAGAGCUAAUCCUUAGGUAGGCGUAUGCCAGAUAAGCAGACUAUUAGUCUAUCCGCUUAGGCCUUAUAACUUAAUCUUGCCUUUUAAACCUUUCAGCUUGUUAUUUGAAAAUGAAGGUUAAUUAUGAAAACGUCAUAAUUCAUUGCUCUGAUGUGCUAUGCCGUGCUAUUAAAGAUUGGCAUAUAGCAAAAUUAGUAUCUUUUAUAGAAAUAAUUGAUUUGGUAUAGAAUAAAUGUAGAUCCAGGAAAUCCUAAAGCCCUUUAUAGAAGAGGAGUAGCCCAUACAGAACUGAGUAACUUUGAAGAAGCUUCAAGAGACUUAAAAGAAGCAAGACGUAUAGAGCCUAAGAAUAAUAGCAUAUAUGAAGCCCAAGUGGAACUAAAAAGUAGGAUAAAAGCUUAUAAAGAAAAAACCAAAAAAAUUGCUCACUUCUCCUCUUUGUUAAUUUCAUUUACUCCCCCCCCUCCGUGAGUGAACAAAAAAAUUUGUUCACUCACGGAGGGGGUUUAAUUUUUUUUUUUAAAAAAAAUUUAUAUAUAAAUUUAUAAAAAAUAUUUUUUUUCGAAAUUUAAAAAAAUCCUAAUUCGCAAAAAUUGGAAAGCAAAUAUUAAUUCAAUUUGCAAAAUUUAUGUUUUAAAAAGCAAUUCGUUUAAAAUUAAACAGAAUUAGCUCUAUAUUUCAUUAUAAUAAUUAUCAUUUAUAUAUUAAAACUUUUUUCCAUAAAAAAUUUUUGUUCACUCACGGGUUUUUUUGGGCAAAAAAUGGCGAUUUUUCUAAUGGUUUUGUUCACUCACGGAGGGGGGGGAGUUUAGGGAAAUUUUUAUUUCAAAUUUCAAAAAUUGCAAACUGUUUAAAUUUAAUAAAGUUGCCUAUAAUAAUUAGCUUUAUACAUCGAGUUUUUUACAUAAAAAAUUUUAUUUUAAAAUUUUUAGCUUUCUCAUAGAAAAGAAGCAGAAUUUUCCUAAUAGUUUGUUCGUUCUGAAGGGGGAGAUAGAAAACUUUUGAAAAGAAACCUCAGCCAGAAGUAAAAAAUAUUCCUGAGCCUUCUACUUGGACUCUUUUGGGACAGAUUAUUUUCCAAUGCUGCAGAAGAAGGGCGAAUUUUAGACAUUAG